AUGGCCACGGGCGGUAUAGCACUGCUGCUGGCGCCCGACAACCAACCACACACAUUCAGAGGGCUAGAGACCAUCGGCAAGAUGGUGUAUGUCUUCGACCUGGUCGUUUUUACCGGCGUCGUGACGGCAAUCACGUACCGCUUUGUCCAAUGGCCAUAUACUCUGCGGACUUCGCUGACGCACCCCACGGAGUCACUCUUCUUCGCGGCGAGCCUGAUCUCCGUCGCCAGCAUCAUCGCCGGCAUGGCGCACUACGCGAUCCCGAGCUGCGGGUACUGGCUCGUCGUCGUCUACCGGGUGCUCUUCUGGAUGUACUUCGCGGCGAGCUUCCUCGUCGCCGUGGGCAUGUACUGCCUGCUGUUCACGAACCCCCGGCUCAAGAUCCAAGACAUGACGCCCGCGUGGGACCUGCCCAUCUUCCCGUUCAUGCUGUGCGGCACGGUGGCCAGCUCCGGGAUCGAGCACCAACCAAGAGAAUACGCGAUGCCGAUGCUCUUCGGCGGGCUCACGGCCCAGGGCCUGGGCAUGAUGGUGUCCAUCUGCAUGUACGCGAGCUACGUGCGGCGCAUGAUCAACUACGGCUUCCCUUCGCCCGAGUCCCGCCCGGGCAUGUUCAUCGCCGUCGGGCCGCCGAGCUUCACGUCCCUCGCCAUCAUCGGCCUGGCAGACCACUGGCCCAGGGGGUACAACUACUUCGGGCCCGACGAGGUCACCGCACAGGUCGUGCGGGUCAUCGCGCUCCUCGCCGCGGUCUUCAUCUGGAGCCUCUCGCUCUGGUUUUUCGCCAUCGCGGUCGUCAGCUGCCUUGCCGUGUACAAGACCUUCGCGCGCUUCCGCCUCAAUUGCUGGGCCUUUGUGUUCCCCAACGUCGGCUUCACCCUCGCCACCAUCAACAUCGCCCGCUCCCUGCAGAGCCAGGGCGCCAUGUGGCUCGGGUCUGUCAUGUCCAUCGGCCUCGUCGGCGUCUACGUCUUCGUCUUCUUCGCUCACACCAGAGCCCUGCUGGCUCGCCAGAUCCUGUAUUUCGGAAUGGACGAGGACCGCGCCUACAAGCAGGAGCGCCAGGGAAAGGUCGAAAGGGUCGAACAGGUCGAGGCCGCCCGCCUGGUAAACGAGGCCAAGACACGGGCGCGUGCUAUGGAUAAACAGCACUAA